AUGUCGCGCAGUUCUUACGACCGGCAUCUGACGAUCUUUUCGCCGGAAGGCCGUCUGUAUCAGGUCGAAUAUGCCUUCAAGGCGAUCAAUACGGGCGGUAUUACCGCUGUGGCUGUCCGUGGCAAAGACACCGCUGUCGUGGCGACACAGAAGAAGCUGCCGGACAAGUUGAUCGAUGCGUCGACUGUGACGCAUAUUUUCGGCAUUACGCCUGAGAUUGGAUGUGUUGUGACAGGCCGCACACCAGAUGCGCGUGCGCAGGUGCAGCGUGCACGCUCUGAGGCUGCUGAGUUCAAGUACAAGUACGGAUACCCCAUCACACCCGAUCUGUUGGCCAAGCGCCUAGCAAACAUCAAUCAGGUGUACACGCAAAAAGCAGCGAUGCGCCCGCUGGGUAUCUCCAUGAUCCUGGUAGGCUUGGAUGAUGAGCUGGGGCUUGCGCCGCAGAUCUUCAAGCUCGAUCCAGCUGGGCACUAUGUCGGCUACCGCGCGACGGCCAGUGGCGCCAAGGAGACGGAGGCCAUCAACUUCCUGGAGAAGCAGUUCAAGCGUGUGCCCACGGCCAUGGCACCAGAAGCCGCGCUGGCCGAGGCUGAAUCGAUUGCGAAGCAGCUGACGCAUGAAGAAGUCCUGGAUAUGGCCGUGAAUGCGCUCAACACCGUGCUGGCGACGGAGCUCAAGCCCAGCGAAAUCGAGGUCGGCGUGGUCGGUGGGCCGGCGGUCCACGACGUGACGUCGCAGCGGAGAUUCUCGAUGCUGACCGAGGCGGAGAUCGGCCAGAUUCUCGAGCGCUUGGCGGAGCGUGAUUAG